UGAAGGCAAUUAAAGGUGUGACAUCUGCCUUAAAACGAAAGUUAGAUGGAAGAAGACGCCAUUUGAACCUUGUUAUUUAGCAAGCGAGUGAUUUAACAAAACACCGAGAAAAAUAAAUUAGUAGACAAGAAAGCGCAAGACGGGACAGCCAAUCUUCAUUUACUCAGUUACUAUUAGCAGCUAUCCUACAUUUUGACCGACACCCCUCCCCCCAAAAAAGAAGUUGUUUCCUGGACUAAGUUAGCUACCAUGGCGUGCACAGCUACUUUGAAGCGUUCAGUGGAGUUGGAGGCCCUUCACAGCCCUCAAUCUCCAAAACGGCGAAGGUGCAGCAAUCUGCCAGGGACUCCGGUCUCCCCGUCUCCAAAGCGAUGCAACCUGCUGUCUGCUACAGGUGACAACAGUUCGAUGUCACCCCAAUCGACUUGUGGAGGAGAACACAGGCUCACCCCAGAGCAGAUUGUCCAGAAUCUUAGGCAAGAAUACAGCCGCUAUCAGAGGAGGCGGAAGCUUGAGGGGGCCUUCAACCAGAGCCAGUCCCAGAGUCUAAGUGAUGGCCCAGGCCAAAGCCCUGGCGUCAUGGCACCAAGCGCCCAACCAGGGUCUUCUGUGAAGAGGGACCAGCCCUGUUUCACACUGCACCAAGUUGGCUCUCUGUGUGAACGCAUUCUCAAGGACCAUGAUGAGAACAUCCGUGAAGAGUAUGAGCAAAUCCUCAACACUAAACUGGCAGAACAAUAUGAAUCGUUUGUGAAGUUCACACAUGACCAGAUCAUGAGACAAUAUGGCGCCAGACCCUCCAGCUAUGUCUCAUGAACUAUCUUAAAUAAAGAAGUUACCACCUCUCACGUCUAGACUGCUGCUCGCCUAUCUCCACAUUUUUCUUCACUACUUCAGUGCUAUGAUUUUCUUUUGACUUUUAACACUCAAUAAUCUGAGUUGUACUUGUGUGGGUGUGCUCUUUUUUUUUUGGAGAUGGCCAGUUGACUUCUAUUUAACCUCCCAAACUCACUGCUGCAGCAUGAAUCCUCACUUUUCACCAACCAUACAUGAAAAUGUGGUUCUCUUUUUUAAUUUUUUUUUAUUUUUUAGAAAUGAAAGUUAUUUGCCGUUUUGUGCUUUAUCUAAAUUGUAUUUGAUGUUAUACAGGGGGUACUUCAGUGUACUACAGACGGUCAAUUGUAGUUUUGCUUUUCUUGAAACAUAUUUUUGUACAUGGCUGAUUCUCCCCCCCCUUGUCUUGCAUAUUUCAAUUGAUCUACCCUUUCCAGAAACUGAUCAUGUCAACCCCACGAGAAUCUGUUUGGAAUUUGCAGGGUUCUUGUUCAGACAUUCUACCCAAUUAUGCUGCAAUUGAGGAGAUGCCAGCAAAAGCAUGUGUCGUUAUACUGCGCUCUUUAUGAAAUAUGCAGGCCAUUACUCCCAAGAAUAACAUGAAUGGAAGGGCUCAUUUGUUGACUGGUUAAGAUCCUUUUUUUACAGGGAUAGACUAUGGUUGAGGCUUUGUUUCAUGUGAGAAUGAAAUGCGGGGAAACUGCACCUAUCCUCUCUUGGUUUGGAAUAAAACACCAUUCAAGAAAAAAAGAUUGCGGUCAGAGUAAAGUAUAACUGCAGUUAUUCUGAAAUUACUGUGUCUAAAAUACACAUGGUUGAAUCUGCAGUCUUUUUUUUUUUUGUCUGUAUAGACUUGAUUCUGUUAUCUAUAAUACUUGGGCCCUUGAGAGGUUUGUAAGGGAACCACACUCAUUGUUGUGACCUUCUCAAAGUUUUGAAUCUGUAGCUGGUCCCCCUUUUUUUAUUUUUUUAUUUUAUUGAAUGUUCUGCAUAUGUUUUAUAAACUCUUAAUGUACUACUUGAUAUCCCUAUUCAAUUACUAGUUUUGGGUUAUUAGCCAGGGGAUCCUAUAAUACUGGUGUGUUCUGUAAAGCCUGUGAUUAGGACUGAAGGGGUUAUUUAGUCCUUUUACAUAGUACUACUGAAUACAGUGAAUGUAUGUCUUUUAACGGAUGGCUUUGGGUUGAAACAAAACUGAUUUUCAUCAUUCAAACAUGAGCUAAUGUGCUUCUUUACAAGCUGUAUACAUAGGGUGCAAUCCUACCAUUAGGAAGUGCCAUUUUAAAUGCAUCAUGAGUUAUGACCAUUUCUUUACACAGACGAAGACUUGAUUCUCUAAUUGUGUGGUUUUGGAUUGAGUUCUACAAGAAGAUCUUACUAUGAACUUUUAAUCAAAAAAUACCCAAUCCAUUUUUUAAAGUUGUCCUACAUGUUGUAGUAAUGUGUCCUUUUUGAGCUCAGUUUUGCUGUACACAAUUAUAACAUUGUUGAAUAUAAAGCCUUGAUUUGAAGGGAAUCAUUUUUAUAACAUUGUUGAAAUAAAGCCUUGAUUUGAAGGGAA